UUUACCACUAGUACAUCCUGCUGUACCACCUGUACCCAGUACCCUCCACCUUCCGCCAUGGCCAUCCACCGCCACCUCCUCCUCCGCCGCCUCCUCCUCCUCCUCUUUCUACCCUCACUCUCUCUCUCCACCAGCUCCGAUAACCACCACCACCAUCACCGGACUCUACUCCAAAGCGCCAACGUUUCAUGUCCUCUGAGCUUUGACUUGCUUCGCCGGCUUGUUGGCUCCCUCCGCCCUAGCCUCGAUCCUCAAACCGUCUGCCGGUACACUCAACAAGGUCUCCGGUUAGUAGAAGCUGAUUACCUUCGUCGUACGAGCUCCUUCGUGCCGCCGCUUAACUCCGCCGAGUCGUGUUGGGCUUCAUACCAAACCGUUGUCGCUGACUUCUUCCCUAAUUUUGACCUCCGGCGAAACUGCGGCUUUGAAACGAACUGGAUCGCCGUCCCCGGUUGUAUGAAUAUAACUAACCGGCGACAAUUUGAAGGUAACGUAUCUAGAUCUUCGUUAAACACCGCCGUUUCAGCAUGUAAUCAGUCACUCUCCGGCUCCUCCUGUUCGGCGUGCACCGUCGCACUUUCUAAUCUCCAGGCGUCGUACUUGAACGGAGCCUCCGUCGGAAACCUAACUGACUGCCGUGCUUAUCCGUUUAUCUACGCCGCCGCCUUCGCCAACCGAUUCGGUCCCACAGAUAGAGGUACGGCCGUCUGUUUGUUCUCCCUUGAUCUCGCCUCUGCAGAUUCGAAGAACAAAUUGAAUACAAUCGUAAUUGUGAUCAUCGUUGUGAUCAUUACGGUUUUUCUAUUGGCAAUUUCGAUUGGAUUUUGGUAUUAUCGGAGGAAAAAACUCGAGAAUUUGAAGCUAAAACGAAGAUCCAGAGUAGCUGAAAUCAAUUCCGUCUCUGCUUUAGAUUCGAUCACCGGAAGUACAACCCUAAUUCGAUACACCAUUGAUGAUAUCAAAGAAGCUACUAGAAACUUCUCGAGAGACAACAUAAUUGGGAAAGGAGGGUAUGGAAACGUAUACAAAGGUUUUUUGACAGAUGGAUCUGAAGUCGCACUGAAACGAUUCAAAAACUGUUCCGCCGCCGGCGACGCCAUUUUCACCCAUGAAGUGGAGGUCAUCGCCAGUGUCCGCCACGUAAAUCUGGUGGCGUUGAGAGGCUACUGCACCGCCACCACCCCGUUCGAAGGUUACCAACGGAUCAUCGUUUGCGAUUUGGUCAAAAAUGGCAGCCUUCACGAUCAUCUUUUCGGGAAUUCCUCGAUUCGGAGCCACCUCAAUUGGCCGAUUCGCCGGAAAAUUGCAUUAGGUACGGCACGAGGAUUGGCUUAUUUGCACUAUGGAGCGCAACCCGCAAUCAUACAUCGAGAUAUAAAAGCGAGCAACAUAUUGUUGGAUGAGAACUUCGAGGCUAAAGUGGCCGAUUUCGGGCUGGCAAAGUUCGCACCCGAGGGUGCGACCCAUCUGAGCACUCGGGUGGCCGGAACAAUGGGCUACGUGGCCCCAGAGUACGCGUUAUACGGUCAAUUAACCGAAAGAAGUGACGUUUAUAGCUUUGGAGUCGUGCUUUUGGAGCUUUUAAGUGGGAAAAAGGCUCUUCUUGGAAUCGGGGAUGGCCAACAACCGGUUCUUCUAGCCGAUUGGGCUUGGUCGAUGGUGCGAAAAGGUACACCAUUAGAAGUUAUCGACGAUGAGAUGUCGGAAUGUGGUUCGCCGGAGAUCAUGGAGAAGUAUGUGUUGGCGGCGGUUCUCUCUUCUCACCCGCAGUUGUACGCCCGACCAACAAUGGACCAAGUAUUGAAGAUGUUGGAUACGGAUUUGCCGGUUCCUUCCAUACCCGAAAGACCGAUACCGCUUAUAGCGGGGAUUGAGGAUAUCGAGAAAUCCGUUAGUAGUAAUGGAUCGGGUCAACUUUCUACUCCUAGAGGGUACCAAGCGUAUAUGUUUGAGGACGGGCGGCCCGUCGCCAGGGAGGAGGUGGAAGAAGAAGAACGUCGUCUUUCAAAUUGCCGAUAGCACCGGAGAGAGGUACCACUUCAUGAUUUUGUUAUUAUCACGGGUUCAGAUUCUUUUACGUGGGUGAAAUUUUAUUCUUGUAACUUAAAAGUUUUGAGUUUGAAUCUUACACUUGUAUAUUAUUCGUAAAACAUGCUCCAUGCCGAAUAGGCGUGUUUCACAUCAA